AUGUUUCAGUUCCCGUUGCCACACAGUAGAGGAAGCUCCCAUGGACAAUCACGUAUCACCAGGAAGGCGUACGGGCCUAAAGAAUUCUACACAAACAUGAUGGAAGAAUCGUACAGAAUUCAAGACGAACUUCAAGCAGAGUGUGGAGAACAGUUAUUUGUUGUCGUUUUGGCUCUAGGUGCUUGGGCAGCCAAAUUCUUACCACGUAUUGGAGUCCAUGUCCCAUUAGAGCCGUUGAAGAUUACUGUCUGUUACUGGGAGGAGAAGAACGGGGACCAUUAUAGUACUGAGGAUUUCCCGGCAUUCAUGUCCGAGUCCGGUGCCGGAAAUAACCACAUUUACGAACUUCCUUCUAAAGAGUACCCAGGACUUGUCAAGAUAUGUCUUCACCACGGUCCAAAAAUUGAUUCGGAUAACAGGGACGCCGUAGAUAACGAAUGGGUUUUAGACACGAUAAAGAUGAUUAUAAGAACACAUUUUCCAACCCUGGAAAACGAACCUAGUGUGGUAGAGACGUGCAUAUAUACGGUAUCCCCAUACACAGACUUUGUCCUAGAUGUUCACCCGUCUUGGAAAAAUGUGGUAAUUGCUGCAGGAUUCUCAGGUCACGGGUUCAAACUGGCACCAGUGGUUGGAAAAGUCCUUGCACAGUUAGCUACCGAGCAACAGCCAUCUUACGAUAUGUCACAUUUCAAGAUAGACAGAUUCUUCAAAAAUAAACUGUGAUUGUAUA